CAAGGGGCCAGCCAGCCGACAUGGGUCCAGAAGCACGGGCCACCAUAACCGCAAGCGAUGGACGACGCGUUGGCCAGGACUGCCUGCGGCAACGGCUGUGGCAGCUCUUCGCCCUCUGCUUGCGCCGCAUCGUGACAACCGACAUCUUCAUAUCCAUCAAACAGCACAACAAGCCACCACUGCAGCUCGACCCCCGACCCCCUGAACCAACCACAGACGAACCAAUCCCCCCGCCGACCGAGGACGACGGCAAGUCUCCUCCGAACACCACCUUCCCCUCGACGUCAGCCUUCCCCCGGGUCAGAGCUCCCCCCAGAGCCGCCUCCAUCACCAUGGCGCUCGACAACUACUACCACAACAAGAUCGAGGCCAUGAAGCUUGAGAUCCUCAAGGGCCAGGCCGUGCUGCGUCGUCUCGAGGCUCAGAGGAAUGACUACAACUCGAGAGUGCGCCUCCUCCGGGAAGAGCUGGGCCUGCUGCAGCAACCGGGUUCCUACGUCGGAGAGGUCGUCAAGGUGAUGAGCACGAAGAAGGUGUUGGUCAAGGUUCAUCCCGAGGGCAAAUACGUCGUGGAUGUAUCAGAUUCCGUCGACAUCACCAAGCUCACCGUCGGCAAACGGGUUACGCUCCUGUCCGACUCAUACAAACUCGAAAAGAUCCUGCCCUCGUCCGUGGACCCCCUCGUCUCCCUCAUGAUGGUCGAGAAGGUACCCGACUCGACCUACGACAUGAUAGGCGGCCUGGACCAGCAGAUCAAGGAAAUCAAGGAGGUCAUCGAGCUGGGCCUCAAGCACCCGGAGCUCUUCGAGUCCCUGGGCAUCGCACAGCCAAAGGGCGUCCUGCUCUACGGCCCACCGGGAACGGGCAAGACCCUGCUGGCGAGGGCGGUCGCCCACCACACCGACUGCAAGUUCAUCCGCGUGUCCGGGUCGGAGCUGGUGCAAAAGUACAUCGGCGAGGGCUCCCGCAUGGUGCGCGAGCUCUUCGUCAUGGCGCGCGAGCACGCCCCCUCCAUCAUCUUCAUGGACGAGAUCGACAGCAUCGGCAGCUCCCGCGUCGAGGGGUCCAGCGGCGGCGACUCCGAGGUCCAGCGCACCAUGCUCGAGCUCCUCAACCAGCUCGACGGCUUCGAGCCCACCAAGAACAUAAAGGUCAUCAUGGCCACCAACCGCCUCGACAUCCUCGACCCGGCCCUGCUGCGCCCCGGCCGCAUCGACAGGAAGAUCGAGUUCCCCCCGCCCAGCGUCGAGGCCCGCGCCGACAUCCUGCGCAUCCACUCCCGCAAGAUGAACCUCACCCGCGGCCUGAACCUCACCAAGAUCGCCGAGAAGAUGAACGGCUGCUCCGGCGCCGAGCUCAAGGGCGUCUGCACCGAGGCCGGCAUGUACGCCCUCCGCGAGAGGAGGGUCCACGUCACCCAGGAGGACUUUGAGCUGGCCACCGCCAAGAUCCUGAACAAGCACGACGGCAGCAAGGAGGUCAGCUUGCAGCGCCUGUUCAAGUGAUCUUUGUGCGGUUGGAUGUGGGGGGCAUGUGGGAUGUUGGUGGGGAUGGGUGGUGCUGGUUGGGAAGACGAGGCGGGAGCGGUGCCUCAUGCACAAAAAAGGCAGAGGGGAACGGCUUGGGCACCCUGUCCGACUUGUACAACACUAUGGGUAGAGGUGUUAAUUGAUGAAAUCACGAAUAGACUCGCGUUGAGUUCAGUUCCUUCCCUGGGAAGCUGCCCGCAGAAUUGUGGUUCGGCACAUGUUCAGCGGCAUGUUGCUCCAUCCAUCAUCCAAGUCGAGUCUUUCAUGGGACAUUUCAUGGAGACCGCGGGUCUAUGAGGACGGAACUUGCAGCAUAUCAUUAUGCCCAGCUACUCGCUAGGAUAAGUUGGACACUGCACAGUAUGGCUCAGUCGACCGGGACUAGCAAAAUGUGCCACGCUUGUGUUCGACGUAGUGUUUUGGUUUUCCAGAGUCCAACUGCAGAAACGGCCUGAAAAGCACCGUUUGGAUAGGUACGCAGACAGGCGGCCUCAUACACUGCAUGAAAAUGAUGUCCCUACAUUUCAAGCCAUCGACGCCCGAGUAGUCGCCGUCGCAGACCGUUCUCUUGCUGCGAGCGCCCAACAUUGACUCAGAAAGAUAUGAUGGGUUUGUACAUAGGAGCGUUGUUGGCAUUGCGUUAUUGGCAUUGCGUUUCUUUAAACACUGGGUCUCUGAGCGUUUACCACUACGAGAAGGGAAGGU